UGUGCUUUCAGUGAAGCCUUUGACGAUACGUUGCUGUCAAAAGCGAAAAGAGAUGCUUUUUUGACAUAUUUUCCGAGAAUUGUUCAAGAACUCGAAGCAAAAGCUGCAACAAUAGAUAAAAUAGACCGCGGGAAACACUUAACAAGGGUACUAAAUUACUGCGUUUCUGGCGGGAGAAAAUAUUCUGGCAUAAUCGUAGCUGAAACCUACAAGAUGUUAACUCCUGAAUCCUCUCAAACACCGGAGAAUCUGAAGCUGGCCUACUACUUGGGAUGGUGCGUGGAAAUGUUUAUCGACGGCAUCAACGUUGCCGAUGACAUCAUGGAUGGCGGAAAGACAAGAAGGAACAAAACGUGCUGGUAUCUUCUGGAGGACGUUAAAAUAGGCGCCAUUAACGAUUCUUUCAUAAUUCAAACUAGCGUUUAUUUUCUCUUGAGAACGCAUUUCGGCCAACUCGACUGUUUCAUGCGACUCCUGGAGUUGUUCAAUGAGACAUCUUUCGUCGGUUAUCUUGGACAGCACGUUGAUGUGAAUUGUUCACUGAAUUCUGGCGAUUGCACGACAGAAAAAUACGAAGCAAUUGCUAAGAAUAUCGGCUCAUACGCCAUGGUUUACUUCCCAGUUGCAUUAGGAGCGACUUUAGCUGGUUAUGCGGAUUCAGAAUGUCUUGAAAAAGGUCGCCCAAUUCUCGCUGAUUUGGGGUAUUUUUAUAUGAUACAGAACGACUACGUUGACUGUUUUGGCGACCACAACAUCACCGGAAAAGUGGGAACGGACAUUCGUGAGGGAAAAUGUCGCUGGUUAGCCGUGGCGUGCAUGGAACACGCAACUCCGGCUCAGAGAGCGAUUAUGAAGGCCCACUAUGGACAUGAUAAUCCUGAAGAUGAGGCCAUUAUUAAGCAGUUGUAUUUGGAUGUAAAUCUGCCUCAAAUCUAUGCAGAAUAUUCAAAGAAACUUUAUGAUCGUCUUAUGAAAAAUGUAGAGGAAAAUUCUUACGGCGAUUUCAAGAGAGUUUAUCUUAAAUUAAUAGAAACUCUGACUUGCUCAACAACAGAAGGUAGUUUCAUUUAAU